AUAGUAGAAUAUGUGUUCGAUAGGAGAUCGUAAAUUUUGGGAAGAAUUCAUCGCAUUGUACAAGAGUUUCCCGUGUUUGUGGGAUAUAAGAUCGAAGUCGUACAUGGACAGAAAUCUAAGAAACCAUGCGAUGGACGUUUUAAUCGACAAAUGCAAAGAGAUAAAUUCCAUGUCGAAUAAAGAUUUCGUUAAUAAAAAAAUUCACAACUUGCGAUGCAGUUUCAGAAGAGAGUUGAAUAAAGUUAAACGGGCGAAAGCGUCGGGGAAAAACGUAUACGUACCGAGUCUCUGGUAUUUCGAUAAUUUAAGUUUUAUAACAAACUGCGAUGAUGCGAAGAAGGGGGAAAAUUUUAACGAUGCUGAUGCGGAUUUGGAAAUUGAUCGUGACGAUAAUGGAAGACAAGACGACAUCGAUAUAAGAGGAAAUAAUUUAUCGCCAUGUUCGGAAGUGUCGAGCAGGCCAAGUUCUUCUUUAUCAUCAACAUCUUCGGUUACGAAAAAAGUAUUGAAGCGAAAAAGAAAAAGCGGGGGCAAAAACUAUCAGCUAGCCGAGAUGACAAAUACAAGCUUAAAUGAUAGAACAACUAAUUCUCGGGUUCAAGAAGAUUGGCUUGAUAUUACUGGGAAAAAGAUUGCUUAUGAUCUUCGAGAGUUGAACGAGCGGCAGAGAAUAAUAGCGGAAAAACUUAUAAGCGAUGUUAUAUUCUAUGCAAAAUUAGAUAAAUUGAACGAAAAUUAUUCGAUAACCGAUGCACAACAAACUUUUUUCAACGUAAGAUUGAAAAACGAGAGAGAGAAUAAUUCUUCAUCGUAAAAUUAUUUCAAUUUCAAUUUUGUAAAUUUCUAAAUAUAUCUGUGUUGAACA